AAAUCGUAUAAUAAGAAAAACAGUAAACAAAUCAAACGGUGUCCAAGCAUCGACUAUAUAUAACCCCGACGAAGGAAUUUCACAUGUACUUCGGUCGUUUCAGCUCCACAUAUUAUUCGAUCCAAUACAGGAUGAACCGAUUCCUCCUGGGCGCGCUCUGCGCGUUCGUCAUCUCCGUCGGCUGCGCCUCCGCCUCGAUGUCCUGCGACAAGCAGCUGCUCCCUGACCUGACCUACAGCCUGUCGGGUCAGAACCUGGCCUGGCCCUGCGCCAGCACGAGGACCAUCUACGAGACGAACGGCCGCUACGUGCCAAAGAACAUCAUCGCCACCCGGAUUCAGAUAUACAAGGACGAGGUCUUCGUCGCUCAGCCACGGUUCAAGGUCGGCGUUCCGUUCACCCUCGGCGUCGUCUCGCUGAAGAACAAGGGCUGCGCAGCUACGAUCACGCCAUUCCCGUGCUGGUCGAUGCAGGAGGAGGGCAACUGCGGUGCGAUCCAGAGCGCCGUCGACGUCUUCCUGGACGCCCAGGACAUCCUCUGGGUUCUGGACGCCGGAAUCGUCUACACCCUCGAGUCCCAGCCGGUGCGAAGGUGCGCGCCGAAGGUCCUCGGCAUCAACGUCAAGACCGGAAAGGUCGUCAAGGUAGUCGACCUCAGCACCCUCGUCUCCGCGGCCUCCAGGCUGCAGUACCUCGCCGUCGACCUCGCCGAGGACGGGCGCAUUUUCCUCUACAUAUCCGACGCCGCCACUCGCGCCAUCAUCGUCUUCGACGUCCUCGCGAACCGCGGAUUCCGCGUCGUUUUACCCAAGGCUGUCACCCUCGGAUGCGCGAGACGCGAUGUGCUCUACCUCGCCCUUGCAAGAAAGUCCUGCGGCGCCACUGUUCUCUACUUCACUUACCUGAGCUCCAGUAGAAUGUUCAGCAUCAAGACUGUUCAUCUUCGCAAGGGAUCCACCAACGGUGCCGUGGUUGACGUCGGCGUCAAGAACGCGAAGAUUGUUCUUCUUGGUACCGACGGAGGCGCGGCGCUCUUCUUCAGGAACAAGGGCGAGUCGGAUAUCUACAUGUGGAACACGGACACCUGCUUCAAGAGCGACAAUUUCCUCCUGGUACAAAAGGGCGGCGAAUGUCGCCUUGCCACCGGCGUCGUUCCCGGAUACAAGAGGCUGAUGUGGGUCAUCGAGAGCAACUUCCAGGACUUCAUUCAAAACACGAUAGGCUGCGCCGGUGCAUCCGUGGUCAUUCAUCCCCUGGUUAAGUCGUGCGAUGACUAAAUUUCACAAAACCGCGGACACAUCCCGGACAAAA